GUGGUGAGUUUUAAGUGGGUGUGGGGAGAAUGGAGCUGACCGAUCCCCAGUGAACGGAAUCGCAGCCGUUCAUGGAGCCUACCCCGGGGCCGGAGGGGGCCGGAAGCCCGGGGGUAGGGUUAGAGCCCCCCGCGCCCGGGAACCCAGGAUUUGAGUCGGAGUGCGAGAGGCUGCGAGUCGUCUUUGAUUUGUUUGACCUGGCCGGGGAAGGGUUGAUCCGGCUGGAAGAUUUUUGUCAGAUCGCCAGCAGCUACGGCGCGGAGCAGGCAAAGGAAUUAACCAAGUACCUCGAUCCUGCUGGUCUGGGGGUCAUUGCAUUUGAUGAUUUCUGUCGAGGAAUUGCUGCUAUUAAAAAUGGAGAUUCUGAUAGCCAGAACUAUGAUGCUGGACUUGGGAAUGAAGAUAAUGAGUUACCCUGUACUGAGGAGUUUGAGGAUUUCAUCUGUUUUGAGACUAACGAGGUGACAGACAGUGCUUACAUGGGCUCUGAGAGCACGUACAGUGAGUGUGAGACAUUCACCGAUGAGGACACUGGCACACUCGUUCACCAUGGUGCACAUGAUGAGUUGGAGACAGACAGCGCUAUUGAUGCCACACUGAACUCUGACUUCACAGAUACACUUGAAGAGCCAGAAAACAGUGUCGUUUUUAAUGGGGAAAUAAAAACCCACCAACAUUUCUCAAUGAGCUCCAACAUUUCCUCUCUUAACACUGAAGAGCACUUUGAAGAUUAUGGAGAGAACAAUGAGAUUGACUUUGCAACUAGUAGUCUCUGUCAGGAUGGAGGCAGUAAUAUCAACGGUCACUUCAAUCGUUCGUCACUACUCUCUCCCAGUGAUAAUUUCACUUCAACUUUACAAAGUGUCAUUGGGGAAAAGAUGCUGGAGUUUUAUUGCACCCAGUGUCAUAAGCAAAUCAAUCGCCUGGAAGAUCUGUCCACCCGAAUCAACACUCUUGAAAUGAAUAGUCACCUCAAGCAGAACAGUGCAGACAGCAUUGACAGAAUGGAGAACCUACCCACGAAAACCUUAGGCUUUGUCCCCUUGGAUCUCACUGAUCAGGUUAUUUUCCUGGAGAAGCGAGUCUCUGAACUGGAGCAGGACAAUACGACCAGUGGAGAAAUGCACAACCGCCUAAGACAGGAGAACUUGCAGCUGGUACACAGGGCAAAUGCAUUGGAGGAACAGCUUAAGGAGCAGGAGACCAGGUCUGAGCAGAUGUUACUGGAGGAACUUAAGAAACAGAAAGAAAAUCUAAGCAAAGUGGAACGAGAACAGGUCAUUGAAAUUGAAAGUCUGCAUACCAGGUUACACCAACUGGAUGAGGAGAAUGGGGAAUUACGAGCAUGCAUUCCCUGCCUUCGGGCUAAUGCUGAGAGACUGGAAGAGGAGAAGCAGAAGCUAUUGGAUGAAGUGGAUGAACUGACACACAAACUGAAGGAAGAGCAAGAGAACAACCAGAAACUGUCAGAUAAACUCCUUCACAAGCAAUACCAAUUUCAGAAAGAAAAGGAAGCCACUCAAGAGCUCAUAGAAGAUCUGCGGAAGCAAUUGGAGCACCUACAACUCUUCAAGCUAGAAGCAGAGAGGUCACGUGGGCGUUCAAGCAGUAUUGGGCUGCAGGAAUACAAUAGCCGUAAUAGAGAGAGUGAGCUGGAGCAAGAGAUUAAACGGCUUAAACAGGAUAACGAAAAUCUGAAGGAGCAAAAUGAUGAGCUGAAUGGACAGAUUAUUAACUUGAGUAUCCAGGGAGCAAAGAGUCUUUUCACAGCCUCUCUUGCAGAAUCACUGGCAGCAGAAAUCAGUUCUGUUUCUAGGGAUGAGCUUAUGGAUGCUAUUCAGAAACAAGAGGAAAUCAACUACAGGCUGCAGGAUUACAUUGACCGAAUUGUUGUGGCAAUUAUGGAGACCAACCCUGCAAUUCUUGAGAUCAAACAUACUGAGACGCAGUCCUAGCCCCUCUCAGGACCAGUAUACAAACAGUAACUCUCCUCUCCUCUCCUGUUUGAGUGUAAAUUGUGAGGCAAUUUCCUUGCAGCAAUCUUUGUCCAAACUUUGAAUCAUGGACCUGCACAACUUAAAUUUUAUCAUCAUGCCAAGGUACGAAAGGCGUUUAUAAUUUCCUGCAAGUUUUUGUUCCUCUUUCAUGGAUGGGUUGGAGUGCAGAUUGCAGUAUCAGUGUGGACUGCUCAAGGUUUUUGCAGUAGUGCAAAAGCAUGUAAUUAAAAUGCAGUGAAGGAAGGUAUGGAUUAUUAAUAGGAGGGAAGAAAAGCACUACGACUAAUUUAAGCUGUUACUUGUAACAUUCAUUCAGUCCUGCCCCACCCAUCCAGUUUAGGAAUUUCUGGGCAUGCAGCAGGUUGUCAGGUGGUGCUUGCAGGGGUCCUAUAUACUAGCUGCAAUUUAUGAUGCAUCCAGUGGGACCUACUGCAUUUCUCUAUGUUGGCCCUUUUUUUUUCUCCCCCCCCCCCCCCCCCCUGUUUUGACUCAUCAUGCAAUGUAAAGUUUUCAUACUUGGGAACAGGAUCUAUUGCCCAUGAUUUGUCCAGCACCAUGAACUUAAUAUUUGCCCUGCCAGGAUCACUUUGUUAACACAGCACAAUUGUCCUGUUGGAUGACUGUUCGUUUGUUUCUGAAGCCACAUAUCACUACUUGUCAGUUCAAAAUUAAAUUGCCUUUGAAGUGCAGGGGUUUUAAAGUCCAGAAUCUCUCAGUCCUCCUAUUUCAACGUGGCUGGAUUGUUUUUAAAGCUAUCAUUUCAACUUCUGCCUCUGUUAGACUGGUUCUGAUGAGCUUGAGUUGGACUCGAUGUGAUGCAACUUUGAUCUGAAACUGCUGUGAAAUCGUUAAUAAAUUUCAGCUAACAGAGCAGGUCAUGACAGUGAAAAUACUUAAAACCCCAGCUUUACCUUGAUCUGACUGUUCAGUUGUGUACUCCAUAUCUCCCCACCCUCCCACCCCAAUACAUGAAACAGACAUAGAUGUGUAAAUGAACAUAACACUAUACCACUCAAUGAAGCACUCCUGUAACACUGCUUUGUAAGCAGUAACUUUAUGAUAACUGUCCUGUAAUUUAAUCGAGUUGUAGGCACACUUAGCUUUGCACUCUGUCUUGAUGUUACAUUGCACUGAUACUGGCUAUUUAACAUUGCUAUUUGGUGAUGCUCACAUUGUUCCUUUUUCUUUUGGUUCUUGUUCAUGAUCUAUUGGCGAAGAGGGUAAUUAAGCCAUUGACUCUCAUCUGUUUUAACGCUAUCUCAUGCCUGUGGUCUGUGCAAAUGAGUGUCAGUAACAUUACAAAGUUUAUUCAAAAUAUUAGCAUUUUUGGACCCGUCCCUCAAUUGUUUUAAAAGUGCAUAUUCAUUUUUUAAAAUUGAUUCUUAUUUGAACAUUCAAGACUUGCUGCAUGCUAUCAAAAAUUUUGAGCCCAUCCUCCUAAUCUGCAUGCAGAGAUAUGGUUGGAGAACUAGACCUUUUUUGAGUUGUCACUGCUCAAGAAAUUUGAGUAGAUCUUGCCUUGAUCCGUUGCUGAGGCUCCAGUUCUUGCUCUCUCCACUAGAUCCUACCACCCUUUCUGGUGUGUAUGUGAAGCACCAUUUGGACAGCCUUGCUGUUUUGAAUUUUCUUUCCACAGGAAUGCCCAAGUGUUUUCAAAACCAUACUUGUUUUUGCAUUCAUUAUGUACUCCAGGCCAUGCAGUUAUGCAAAUUUAUUUGCUUGGCCUUUCUAUCCCUAGUUAUGAUUUGAAUUUGGUGGACAAGGAUGUUUCCUUUUUAAUUCGUACACUUAUCACAGUGCUGUAAAUCAGAAAAAGUGCUGUGUAUGCUUGUUCCCCUCAGCACCCAGAUACCUUGUUGCAUUGCAUCAUUUGUACAAGGAAGAUCAGGUUGUGGCCCUAUUUUUUUUUUUUUAAAUUUUGGGCAGCUGAUGGUGCUGAGAGCCUCUCUUCAGUCUGUUCUGUUUAAGCUCUGGUAAUACUUUCCAAUCAGAAUGCAUGUGAGAGCUUCAGCUCAAGGAGAGCUCUCCUGGUGCCUCUCGUGCCUUCUGCAUGAGUUCCAUUGAUACAAGACGCUGCAGUGUGCUUGUAAACUUUGCAUGGUUUCUGGUGUAAAUCGAUGUACAUUUUGAAUUUUCUAUCCUUAAACAGUAGAAAGUUAUUUUUUAUAGAAUGAAGGCAGAUUUAUACUGGAGUUGGAUAACUAAUGGAUUCAUUAGAAUCACCUGAUAGCUCAAUUUUGUAAAGUCAAUAGGUUGUGUUUGUAUAUAGUAGGAAACUGACAGGGAGCAGGUUGAAUGUUGAUUUCUUUAUGGUCAAUGCAUUAACUUGCACCCAACUAGCCAUAAAGAAGAUGAUACUGUCAAUGAUUGUAUAAAUGAAAUGUCUUAAAAUAUUUUGUCUUAUCAAUGUAGUGUCUUAACAAUUGGAAAAAAUUGAUGUAACUCUUUUUAAACAAAGUUCUGAUCCUGGCUUGUGUAUUGCUUCAUCACCAGAGCUAAUCUGAGCAUCAAUACUUGCUGUUUAUACAGAAACUGCCCAUCAGCCAGGGAAUAAACAUGACAUUGAUCAUCAUAGUAAUCAGUGACUGUACAGAAAUAUGGGUUUGCAAUCCUGUAUAGACUGGCGUUUCUUGGUGUUGAGGUAUGGAAUGAAUGGUGAUGUAUUGGCUACUGUAAGCAUCCAGGCAGAUGUACCAAAUAAAAUAUCUAAAGCAACAAAA